AUGAGAUUGCUUCAUCUGUUGUGCCAAGCAGCAGAGAAUCAGAUGGGCAACGUUUGGCUUCCAGUCCUGGCUAUCCCCGGUUUGGUCUCGGUGGGGACUUUGCAGCGGCUCUCCACGCUCCUUCCUUCAAAUGCCACAGCCGAAGAAAAGCUACAAGUGGCUGCAAUGGUUGCAGACUCCCGAAGCAGCACCCUCCUUUCCGAUUCCAAGAAGGCUGAACUGAAAAAGAAGUUGCCGAAGGCUUUGAACAGCAUCCGAUCGGAACGGUUGAGCAGCCGGCAAGAACUGAAAGCCCUCGGGAAUGUGCUCUCACACGUCAACAUCAGUUUGGACGACCUCUUCCCGACGCACCCGCUGGCCCCUGCGAAAGAGACGGAAACCCGCGAGCUUUACAAGCCGAAAUCCGCCGCUAUGCCCUUUCUGUUCGACCGCGAGACCGGGGCGAGCCGAUGGGACGUCCCCUUGCACACCGACCACCUGCGAUUAGUGGUAUGUCCCGACCAAGGAGGACCGAUGUUUUGCUGCUACCAGUACCUGGCUCACCUCGGGAAGGGUGACCUCCUGUUCUCCCGCAGUGAAGCGAGCUUCAGCUGCAACAUUACACAGGCCACACCCGACGAUGUGCUCAUGGAAAUGUUCCAGCGGGACAUACUCAAAGAGAACAAUAUGGAGGAGACCCCGGACCGCCAGCUGAACUUCACGAGGGUCGGCAAGAAUCCCUUCAAGAUCUUGGAGACUGAAGCCUCCGCCCCGCAGAACCAAAAGUCCUACGACAAAGUCGUCGAUCUGUGUGUGAAGGCGCUCACGAAUGAGGAGAGCUUCGGGAUCUUCCGUGUGGCCCGCAAUGUGCUGGAGCCCUUCCGGGAGCUGUGUUUGGAACUUGUCCUGAGACUGAAGUUUCGAAGAUCCGCCACCUACGAAAGUAUUUUCAAAGAGGGUCUAGGGCUCUACCUCGCGACUGUGCACGAGCUGAUGCAGUACAGCUUGUAUUUACGAAGCAGCCCGCACUGUGCAGCGGCUCUCGUAUCUACGAAAGAAGCAGACGAUGGCGAGACAAAGCAAAGCAUUCUGAAAAGGAUGGAAGCAGAAUGGCAGGUUGUGCUGAAGAUGGAAUCAAAGCAGGCAUCGGCCGAGGUUUUGUCAACGAGCUGCUACCACACGAGAUACCAGCAUUACCGGGAAACCAUGGGUUGCUUGGAAAUGCAGAACUACAAGAUGACAACCGAAAGCAAGGAAAUGGUAUCUGCCCCGGCUUUCUGCCAAAGCGCCUCCCUCGAGAGCAUGUUCGGAGAGAUGACUCAUGCAGUCAAGCAAGCUGGGAGAGCUGAUUGUGGAUCCCUCCCCAAUUUGCACGCUGUCUCAGUUCGCAGCUUGUUUCGACGAGUAUGCAAGAAGGAGGGCAGCCCGAGUGCUUUGGAGCUUUCGAAGGACGACUGGGUUGGUCCUCAAGCUGCAGGGAUCAAGCCAAAGGUGUUCUCGCCAACUUCGGCCCCGACUUGCAAGAAUGUGCCGGCAGAUGGAAUUCUGAAGAACUUCCCCAGCACCUCUGCCUUUUGCCACAACCAGCUUAGCUUGAACACGAUGCAGGGGAAGGAGCCCGCUCACGAGUCCUCCGGGUUUUGGGUUCAAGGAUGUUUCGCUCCGGGAAUGUUGUUCAAGCUCCAGAACAAGUUCUACGUUUGCACCGGCAAGACGCCGGCAGUCCUGUAUGUUGCUCAGAUCAAUUAUGCUGUGCGAUUGAAGGAGCUCCCGUACAAGUUUGCCGGCCCUUUGCCGGAGCAGCAAAGCGAUGAGACCAGGGUUCCGUGCAGAAACACAGAUGAUUGGUGGGACCCGUUGUUGCAAGGGCUGAGCACUGCAGCCCUUGCUCUGGACGUUGGGAGGGCCUUGAUCCAGCAGCUCCGCUUUGACUAUGACGAGGUGGCCUUGUACGGCUACAGCUUGCACGUGUGCGAGCAGGCCUUAGAGGACAAGUGCGGCUCAAGCCUCCUGUUUCGGAGGGGGUUCCAGGAGUUCAAUUUGUUGUGCUACCUGGUGCAAAGCCAAGAGAUCCUGAAGACCUCGAGUGCAUCGCUGAGCGAGCUUUUGCAGAAGUGCGAUGUGCAGAUGCCGAAGACUACAACGAAAAAUCAGAAGAUCAGAAGAUUGCUGUCGCUGGAUGCAGUCAACACAGCAUGUGGCGAGCCAAAGAUCCUCAAGCUUCUCGCGAAGCUGGACGAGCAGGAUGAGAAGAGAAAGAGGAAUCAAAGCAAAAAAGAAGAGGAAGCACAGCAGGCUGAGGGCGACAUCGAGUGGGAAGAGCUCAACGAAGAUCCGGCUACUGCGGCCUGCAAAGAGCUUUUGGCAAGACUCGAUGAAGAAGACGAGCAGGAGGAUGCGGGGGCGAAGAACGAGGAUGCCGAGAGCAAGUGCAUCCCGGAAGAUGCCAAUCGGGCUUCGCGAGCCUUUCUUUCUUCUUCGACUGCUUCGCUGCCAGAUGAGCUUCUGGCAGAAAUGCUCUUGCACAGUCAAUGCUUCGAGGGCAAGUGA